CUAUAAAUAAGGUUUUGUUACUCCAUACAGCCAGUGUCAUUGCAGUUUAACCAUGGCCAUGCAUCUCUUUACACUUCUUGGUGCCCUCUCAGCUCUCACAGCUACAGGUAUGUACAUUGUUUGUUUUGCAUUUGCUACUUUGCUGCUGUCUCUGUCUCUUUAAAAUAUGUUUUGUUGUUUUUUUGUACAGUUUUUGUAGUACUUAACUUACUACUACUAUUCUGCUCUAAUUUUUUAUUUAGUUAUUUUUUUUAUUAAAUAUGGUGGAAUUGGAUACCCUUUCAAUUCAGAUCUUUUUUUCAGCACUGUGCCGCACUGACCUUGAAUGCUCCUUACAGAGGUGCAUUGAUUAAUCUCUAUGAGGAGACACUGAUUGGCACAGUGUGGCUUUGCAGUGCAUACACUAUAACCUCCUAUGGGAAAACAUCGAACUGGCUGAGAUUGUUAAAUUUGAUCAUCUCAGCCAAGGAGAUGGGACUGUGCAACCCUAGGCGAUAUUGGUGUAUGGUGAAAAAAUUAAAUCACCUUGUUAAAUGCAGACAAUGUCAUUAUUUAACUGAUAAAAUAUUUACUUUAUUGCAAAAUGCACUAUAUGGUGCCUUAUUUUUGUUAGACUGAUAGCAUUUUGGAGGGGGACUCUCUGGAAUGAUAUCUGUAUAUUUUAUUUCCCAGAGUUACGUUACCUUCUCUACAUCAAACUUACAGGAUCAUUCACUAAAGUGAAAAUUGUCAGGAAUUCAAAGCAAAUUCAAAGAGAAUUUAACAAUUAAGGUAAAAAAAUAGCCAACCUACAAAGAAUUUUUCAGUUUACCUAUUUGGCCUUAAAUUUUAAAUUCACUUUGAAUUUCUAACAAAUCUCUUUUUUGUUAAUACGGUCUUUCCCCCAAAAAUAAGACCUUUUUUUUAUAUUAAAUCUUACCCCAAAAAACACACUUGGGCUUAUUUUCGGGGGAUGUUUUAUUUUGGGGGGAAAAUGGUAGCAAGCAUGUGCUAGAAAGCAGGUCUACGUUCAGGGGAAUUAACCCGAACAUAGACCAGGUCACUAGGGCAUGGAAUCCCAUGAAUCUAUGUUGGGGGGAAAUUCCUUGUACAGUAUAUAGAUUAGCGAACUAGAGACUAGGUCUUAUUUUUGGGGUAGGGAUUAUAUUAUGAGCAUCCCCUGAAAAUAAUCAAAGUCUUAUUUUCGGGGGAUGUCUUAUUUCCGGGAAACAGGGUACGGUAAUCCUGUUUGACAUUCCAAAAAGAGGAUAAACUGGUACUGGCAAAAUUUUAGUAUUACCUUGAUUUCUAAAUCUGUUUUAUUGGGGGAAAAAAAACUAUUUAAUUUCUUUUUAAACUUGCUUUUCCCAAGUACUCAAAGUCUUUAUGCUCCUAAGGCAUUUUAUGUAUUUUUAUAUAUUCUUUGGAUAAUUAUGUUUAUAGUUAAUCUUUCCCAAAAUGUUUUACCAAAUGAUAACAAAUAUAACUGUAAGGUUUGAAUACUUUAGUGUGUUUUCUCGUUUAUUUUUUCCUCUUUAGUCUUGCCUCUUUAUUAUAAACACUCUAAAUGGUAAACGUGUAAUAUUUAACAUAAAACUGAUUUUAUAAUCGAAAUGUCAAAACUUUGCCUACGGGGACUCAUUGUUUAAAACUGAAACCUUAUACCAGAGGGUUGAAAGUGAUUAAUAUAGUCCUGUCAGUGCCAAGCACAUAAUUAUUAGAGUGGCAGUUCAAAUAGCAAACAAAUCUAAAAUAAAGCAGAAUUAUAAAGUGUUCUCCUUAUUAGUGACAUUUCUUCUGCUUUCCCUAUUUUAGCAUCUCUCAACAUUUUGGUUACAAUCUGGCAUUCAGGUUACUUUGGAACUGAUAAAAGUAUAACAAUUCUUUUUCAUACCAGCAAACAAAUUAGGCAGAACAACAAAAUUGCAAAUGUAACAUAAUAGACACUUUGGUGACUCCACGCAUAUCAUGGCAUUAAAAGCUAAUGUAAAUGUUACUGAUUAGGUAUGCGUGCCCCAGGGGACAAUUAUCUACAGUUUUAUUACGCUUCAUGAUUUCACACUUGAAGAGCAUGUUGCAUUGUUUUAAAAAACAAACCUGAGUGUGAAAAGAACAGUCAGACAUUCCUAAACUUUCAAUGGAUAGUGAGACAUCCUGUGCACCAUUUAAGCUAGACUCAAUGGAUGGGACGUGGGUUUUUCCCUAAUGUUGUGAGUCAUCAAAGGCUCCAUAUGUUAUUAUGAUUAGCAUCAACAUAAUCUGCAGACUUUACAAUUAGAGAAAGGGAAUAUUUAGAGGUGAUGAAGGACCAGCCCAAUAAGCUGACACUCUAUGAUUUGAGAUAGGUAGAUGUAUAUUAUAGCUAGGUGUAUUGCCCAGUUGGAGUGAUCUAACCAGGAUUUGUUCCAAGGAAGCGGUCUUACUACUGCUCUAACCAGACAAUAUUUGUUGCUGUGCGUUGCAAUUAGAGUAGGUAGUGUGAGCUUCGUAUGUGUCAAUGCCAUGUAAUAAAGAGAGCAUUGGCCUGGUCAUAAUAAUAACAAUACAAGAAAUUAAACCUCAGCAAUUAAAGACGGAAAGAGUUUAUUUCUCCAGUGAGUGGACCCUAGUAAACAUUGCCUGCUACUAGUGUGCAGGUUGUCUAUGUUUGAUUUUAGGCCUGAAAUUGACUCAAAGACAGUUAUUGUAAGGAGCUGCAUGCUGUCCUUCAGUGUUGCACCAAUUAGCAUCUUCUCAUAGAGCGUUCAGCACUGCACUGACCCAGGAAGCACCUCUAGUGGCCAUCUGAGUGACUACCACUGGAGGUGUUACGAGGCAGUAAUGCAAACACUGCCUUUUCUCUAAAACAAAAAUACUGUCUUUACAUUAAAAAGCCUGAAUGCCGUAGACACCAGAAUAACUACAUUAAGCACUAGUUGUUCUGGUGACUAUAGUGUCCCUUUCAUUGAAAAGCUUUUGCAAGGUAGUUAUAGUUCCCUCUUGAGUUCAGCUCUGUUCAACUAAAGUGCCAGGAAAUUAUAGGACCAGUAGUCUGACUGACAGCUAGGGAGGUGUAAAAGAGGUUACUGUAUAAAAGUGCUGAUUCCUUCUUAAAUUGGCUCUUUUAUAAAAAAAAAAACAGGUUACUCUUCAUGCGUUUGGAGUGUUCCUUGAAAAGACUUUAUAGUCACCCAGACCACAAUUAAGUGAUAUUGGUGCAGUGAACCUAUUAUUUUAACCCAGCGAUAGAAAACAUUACAGUUUUCUUUAUAGAAACUGCAAUGCUUACAAUGCAGGUUAAAGGAGCACUAUAGGCACCCAGACCACUUCAGCUCAAUGAAGUGGUCUAGGUGCCAGGUCCCUCUAGUUUUAACCCUGCAGCUGAAAACAUAGCAGUUUCAAAGAAACUGCUAUGUUUACAUUAGGGUUAAUCCAGCCUCUAGUGGCUGUCUCACUGACAGCUGCUAGAGGCGCUUCCACAAUUCUCACUGUGAAAAUCACAGUGAGAAGACGCUGGACGUCCAUAGAAAAGCAUUGAGUAAUGCUUUCCUAUAGGCGGUUUGAAUGUGCGCGCACCUCUUGCCGCGCAUGCGCAUUCAGCGCUGAUGUCGGCAGGAAGAGGAGAGUUCCCCAGCACCGAGGGAGCCCGGUGCUGGAGAAAGGUAAGUGGCUGAAGGGGUUUUAACCCCUGCAGCCCAGUGGGAGAGGGACCCAGAGGGUGGGGGGAACCUUAUAACCCUAUAGUGCCAGGAAAACAAGUUUGUUUUCCUGGCACUAUAGUGGUCCUUUAACCCCUUAAUGCCGUUACGGCGUUCUAUGCUGUCCCACAUUAAAUGGGCUUUAAAGCCGUUGCGGCGGCAUAGAACGCUGUUACGGCUUGCAGCCCCAGGAGCUCUGUGGUACUUACCUUCACCGCGAUCCUCUUCAGGUGGACUGUCUGGCAGCACAGGCAGCCCUCCCACAGCAAAUCAGGCCCCCGGGGGCCAUGUGAUCGCUCUCAAAGAGCAAUCACAUGGCCCCCUAUAGCUGGCUGUGGCUCUGCCAGCAAGGGGACUGUCUGGGCUGUCAGACUGUCCCCCUGCUGGUGGGGGGUGUAAAAAAAAAUUAAACCUGUUUAAAAUAAAAGCGUGUAUAUAUAUAUGUAUAUAUAUAUAUAUAUAUGUAUCUAAAAUAUAUAUAUAUAUAUAUAUAUACUAUAUUUACAUUUUAUACAUAUGUACCGUCAUAUGUAGUGUAUUUUAAUGAUACUAUAAGUACAUAUAUUAGUAUUAAAAUACACUUAGUAUGAUGUUACAUAUAUAUAAGAUAUAUAUUAUAUUAUAUUUAUAUAUAUGUAUAAUUACAAUAAUAAAAAAAUAAAUAAAAUAAAAAAUAAUAAAAAAUCAAAAUAAAUUAUAUCUACAUAUGUAAUUUCAUUCUAACUGUAUUUUGUUGAUAUAUAGAUAUAUAAAUAUAUAUAUAUAUAUAUAUAUUGGUAACAAAAUACACUUAGAAUAACAUUCGAUAUAUAUCUAUCUAUAUAUAAAAUACAAAUAACCGCAAAAGAAAAAAAAUAUAUAUAAAUAUAUAUAAUUACAUAAAUAACUACACAAGUAUAUACGUAGAAUUUACAUUCAUAUGUAUGUAUACAUAUUAAAAUUCUACUUGUAUAUUUAAGUUAUCUUUUAACAUAAUUAUGUGAUGUAAUUAAUUAAAUUUUAUUGACAUGCCUGACACCCCAAGCAGAAAGUCCAGGGAAUUUAAUUUGCUAGCACUAUAUUUAACCCUGUAACUUUCCAAGACACCAUAAAACCUGUACAUGGAGGGUACUGUUUUACUCAGGAGACUUCACUGAACACAAAUAUUAGUGUUGCAAAAUGGUAACUUGUAUUACAACAAUUAUAUUUUUUGUAAAAGUAAUUUUUUUGCAUUUUUUACACAUGAAUGGCACUUUUACUGACAAUAUUAUUGUUGUAAUAUGUUUUACUGUUUUGAAACACUUAUGUUUGUGUUCAGUGAAGUCUCCCAAGUAUAACAGUAUCCCCCGUGUACAGUAUCCCCCGUGUAAAGUAUCCCCCGUGUAAAGUUUGAGAGUCAAAUAUAUGGCUUGCAUUUCAAUUUUUCACAUUGAAAUUUGCCAAAUUGGUUAUGUUGCCUUUGAGACCAUAUGGUAGCCCAGGAAUGAGAAUUACCCCCAUGAUUGCAUACCAUGUGUAAAAAUAGACAACCUAAGGUAUUGCAAAUUGGAUAUGUCCAGUCAUAUUUACUAGCCACUUAGUCACAAACACUGGCCAAACAUUAGUUUUUUGCUUUUUUCACACAAAAACAAUUAUGAAGGCUAACUUUGGCCAGUGUUAGUGGCUACUAAAAAAGACUGGACAUACCCUACUUGCAAUACUUUGGGUUGUCUACUAAUUCUCAUUCCUGGGCUACCACACUGUCUCAAAGGUAACAUAACCAAUUUGGCAAAUUUCAAUGUGAAAAAAACAGAAAAAUGGAAUGUGCUAUAUUUGACCCUGUAACUUUCCAAAACACCAUAAAACCUGUUAAUGGGGGAUACUGUUGUACCCGUGAGACUUUGCUGAAUCCAAAUAUGUGCUUUUUUGCAGUAAACGCUAACAGUAUUAUGACACUUACAGCUAAAAUGUCAGGCAGAACUAAAAUUUUUAUUAAAAUCUUAAUUUCUCACAGUUUUUUUAUUUUAUUCAUAAUAAAUUUAUAAUUCAUAUAUGAAUAGUUCAUGCGAAAUUAAAGCCGAGUUUCUCCUGAACAAAAUGAAAUAUAAUAAGUGUGUGUGCACUUAAUAUGAAAGAGGUGAAUUACGGUUGAACAGACAUAUAGUGCAAAUUUCAAAAGUCAAAAGUCCAGUUUUUGUUUACAUUUUGUUUUGAUCAGAACAUGUACUAUGGACUCAGUCCUGAAGGAGUUAAAUCCACCUCUAAUGUUGCUAUAAUGCUAACAGCCACUAGAGGGCCUAUUGCUGCACUAACUGAGUGAUGUGAUGCGGAAUCCCAGGGGAAUGUAUUAAAUACAAUGUUUUCCUAUUAGAAACCUUGUAAGCAUGCAUAGCAAUACACUCAAAAACAGGUUUAUAUUCCUGAUACUAUAAUGUUCCUUUAAUAUCAAGAUUUACAAAUAAUAGAUUUUAUUUAAAUAUAAAUAAUGUCGCUACUACACUAUAUUAUUAUUUAUAAAAACUCUUUAAAUUAUAACUAUACAUUCUAUCAAUUAAAAUUCAGACAUAAAUAAUCUGUUUUUUUAGAGCAAUACACAACAUCUACAACAACAGUUAGAACGCUGGCAGCAGACAAAUUGUGAUAACAUUAUAUUUGUUUUGUUGUUUCUUAUAUGUUUUAUAUUUGACAAAAUAUUACAUUUAAAGUAAUCUAAUGUUUUUAUUAUUCUGUUUUUCCAAGAUAAAAUUAACAAGAUUUUUAUUGUUACACUUCUUGCUUUGUGUUUAUUUACCUUCUGUCAUUAUUCCUGUUGGAAUAUGAAACGUGUUUGGAGUCAUUUUCCUUGUGUUGGCAACCAGAAAUGUUUAAUAUUUCAAAAUAGAUUAAUGUUGCCACCUACUGUUCAAAAAAAGAAGUGCGUCACUAAUUAAACAUUUGGCUUGGCUUUGUCCCUGAAAAUGUAUUUUUUGUGAUAAUCUACACAUUGCUACUACUAUCUUAUUUAUUAUUUAUUAAUUACCUGUUAUUAUUUAUUAUAAAAUAACACAUGCUGUAGUCUGCAUUCAAUUAAUUAAGAUGCAGAUUGAAGUAUACAUUUUUUAUAAUAUACUGUUUUCGUGAUAUUAUACAUUUUAGCUUUGCACACUGCAUUUGGUAGUUCAAAGUAGCUUUUAUAUAAAUUUCUUAUUUUACAAUUGACUGUGUUUCCCAUGAAUUUAUCCAAAAAUGCUAUAUAACAAAGGUGUCCAUUUUUAGCCCCCCUUCCCAAGUUGAUGUCCUCCAUUCUACGAUGCACCAUUUGAACAAUUAAUUAGACAAACAUAGCAUAACUGAUUUACUGCUGUGUAGUUGCUUGGAAUUAUAUGGAAUCGUGUGUCUCACCUGCUGCCUGAUUGUACCUGUCUGCAUUAGUUAUACAAGCAGAUUCAUCCAUUGAUUUAAUGUAUCUUCCAGGUUAUGCUCUCACAUGCACAAAAUGUAUGGCCUUGGGUGGAGAUUCCUGCACAGAAGGCCUCAAUGACACGUGCUCCUCUAACCAAGUCUGCAUGUCUGUCUAUACUGUUACUAUCUCAGGUAUGAUCUAUAUUUUGAUUUAUAUUUUUAUUUAUAGUUAGUUUUUUUUAUAUUUCAGAAAAAGUGACUAAUUGGGAUGAAAGCAAAAGUCAGUGCAAUAUAAAAACUGGGUUGGUUUUGUGAGUUAUUUAGUAUUAGAGGAAACUCAUCUCUCAAUAUUAUGUCUACAGAUCUCUGAUUAAAUACAAGAAAAAUUCAGAAACAUAUACAAUUCUAGUGUAUUGUAAACACAGACAACAACAAAGGAGGAAAUUUACACAAUUAAAUAAAGCAUUAUUAACUUUUUUUUCAUGAGAUGCUCUGUUAUCUUUUAAAUUAAAGAUUUAGCAAAUAAUUUAAUAAUCCAGUUCUCGACUAACUUUGCAAAUGAAGAGGGGAAAUGCAAACAUUGUCUAAUUUCUCCACUUCUCUCUGCUCUCUCUAUGGUGGCUGGCCGGUACGAAGGACAGAGCUUAUAACAAUGUAUGUCAGAGAGUUAAAAUGGAGACAACCAGAUACAGAAGUGUGAAUUUCUAUAUUUAAUUUUAUUUUUUACUCUUCGCAAAUACAUAUUUGUUAAAAAUAGGAAUAUGUAAAGAUAAGAUAAAAAAUAAUCCUGUUACGUAUAAGCUCCUUUUCAGUUUUACGUAAUAAUAAUAUUAUCAAAUUUACCAUGUCCAUUAUUGAUGAUAUUUUCUUGUGACAGUUUCCUUGCGAAGUCCAUUUUACUUACAUUUAAAGUGAUUCUCUUCCCUUAAAAUAACUUUAUUUCAGUAAAGUUCUUCUGAGGACUGGUGUCCUUGUACAAAGUCUUUAUACCAAAUGGUAUAAAAUUUAAGGCGCUACCAAUGGCACCUAUUCAUGAUUUCCUGUCUUUUCAAUAAUCGGCCGCCAUAUUGAGGAUAGAAUGAUUGAUUGAGACAAAUUGAUCACUGGUGAUUGGCUGUGAGUGUCAGGUGAUGCUCUCAGCCUUUCAUUGGCUGCCCAUAAUGAGCAACAGUAUGUAUUGUACAUAAGUUCCUGGGAGCACCUGAAGGUAAAACUUUGGCCAGAGACUCCAGCCCUCAAAAAAAUGAAAGAACAGUUUGUUUUGAGUAAAGGCGAUCCUUUCAACUUAACACAGAACACUAUGACCACUUAUUCUGCUCUCUUAUGAAGCUCUUACUGUCUCAUUUUAAACUAUUUAGCAAUUUAGCAACAAAUGGAUGAAAUCUGCUGUUUUAUAAACUUACCUUACAUAGUUAGUUCAAAUCAUGGGUUUAUGAAUAAAAUUAGAAGCAGGAUCACUCUGUAGAAAAUAGAAAUCUGAAAUACAUAUCCUACAAACCCACACGUGUAGAGAGUCAACUUGAAAAUAGUGGUGAACCAGGAUUGGAGAAGAAGGUUUAGCCUCAUACUGACUCAAGUAUCUCCUCUAACCCUUAACUCUAAUUAUUAGCACAAUGAAAACUAACUUUUUAUUUUGAUUUUAAUCUAUUGAAUUCAUUCAAUCCUUGCACCUCACACAGCCCACUUUCAUUUUCUAUUACAGGGCAAUAGAAUUCUGUUAUUAUGACAUAAAGAUUGCCCCAAGCACUAUAUGUACCUAAAUCAGUUUCAGCAAUUACACUAGUCAUACUCCUCCUGAAUCACAUUCAAGUAACAUCGACUCUGGGGAGUUUGUCGCUAGGUUCCCUUGAUUGGAAAUAUUGGAUAAGUUUUGUAUUGUUUCUGUAAAUGAAAAGGACUAAGACUAUUAUUAUGGGCUUAGGAUAUGAUUGUCAGAUAUUUAGAAAAACACUAAUUUGCUUUUAUUCUCUAUAUGUAGGGGGAAAGCCAGGAGAUUUUUUAAGCAGAUCAUGUGGUUUACAAAGUCAAUGCAACAGAGUUGGAAGCUUCAGUAUUCCUGGUAAAGUCAUCAAGAUGGGCAUCACUUGCUGUUCCACGGACUUCUGUGAGCCAAAGCUUGCAAACCGUAAGUGGAUGCAUUUACUCACCCGUUAAUACUCACCGGCUAAUUUAAAGAACUGAUGUUGGCCUGAUUAUCAUACAUUUAAAUCUCUAAUUACUGCAUUCCUACAUUUAAAUUAUAAACUUUUACAUUGUGGACAAUAAAGAUUGCACAAGUCUUAAAAACACAACAGUGCAUAAUAUUUCUAUCAACAGGUGCCCAUUGAUUGGCUAAUGGUCUCAGCCUAUCACCAGUUGACUGACAUAAUGUAUCACAGUGCAGAGAGCAACUUUGGAAUUAAACCAUUGCUUAAGUUAAGCAAGCACCUGAACACUCCUACCCUCGCAACAAAUCAGUCUCUUGAGGGACUAAGCUUUAUUUGCCCUUUUUUACAUUUUUGCUGUGUGUGUGUUCAUCCGCAAUUGUCAUCUUUUUCAUUUUUGCACCAACACAUAUUAUAUACUGUUUUUAAAAGGAGAAAAGAAGCUUUAAGUUGAUUGAUAUAUGCAUUUCAUUUAAAAAAAAAAAAAAAAAUACAAAAAAAAUAAAAACAAUUUGUUUGCAGGAUAAAACUUACCAGGAAAGGAUCUUAACAUGUAUAGCUUGGAGGAAAGACGAGACAGGGGGGAUAUGAUAGAAACAUUUAAAUACUUAAAGGGAAUCAACACAGUAAAGGAGGAGACUAUAUUUAAAAGAAGAAAAACUACCACAACAAGAGGACAUAGUCUUAAAUUAGAGGGACAAAGGAUUAAAAAUAAUAUCAGGAAGUAUUACUUUACUGAGAGGGUAGUGGAUGCAUUGAAUAGCCUUCCAGCUGAAGUGGUAGAGGUUAACACAGUGAAGGAGUUUAAGCAUGCGUGGGAUAGGCAUAAGGCUAUCCUAGCUAUAAGAUAAGGCCAGGGACUAAUGAGAGUAUUUAGAAAAUUGGGCAGACUAGAUGGGCCAAAUAAAACCAUUUGGCCCAUCUAGUCUGCCCAAUUUUCUAAAUACUUUCACUUUCUGUCGUCACACUCUAUGUUUCCAUGUUUCUGUACAAAACCUAGUAUUGUGUUCAGCUACAUCUUCGGAGUAGAGCUAGAACCCCAAUGUAUGCCAUAGACACUAUCCUGUGAAGCUACAAUUAGAAUUUUCAUAGAUGGAUUUGAUGGGUCUAUGAAUCAUUUUAGGGCAUUAUAGCAAUUUGGUUCUUCACAUUACCCCACAAAGGCAUACCAUUUGUGGAAGUAGACACUCCAGGAUACCUCAUUGUAUAUAUUGUGCCUUAACUUGCCACCAUUUUUUAUCAUUAAGGGGUUAAAGGAGUAUAAAUUAUUAUAGGUGUGUGCUCCUUUAUUAGUAUUCCUUGAAACGACUGACUGAAUAUGAAAUAACCGGAAUGUAUCGUAAUUCUUUAUUUUCCUUUUUACUUAAAGUGCCCAGUGACAAUACCCAAAAAAAUGGACUGAAGUGUGCGUCAUGUGAAACAGAUUCUGACCCUUGUAAAUCUGAUGAAAAGAUGGAAUGUAUGGGAACUGAAAACAAAUGUCUCACCCGAAUUUCAAAAACAACAGGUACACAUCACGCCCCCAUCAUCGAUUAUUUAUAUUUUAUUCACCUUGGGAUAAUGUAAAGUUUUGUUUGAGUUGUACAUGUCAGAGUGUCCAUGUCAGUGAUUGUUUGUUAAGAAAUUUCUUGAUUUCUUGUAUAAUGACUUUCAACAUUCAUUUCUUUUUCAGGAGGCUUCCCAGCUACAUCAUACACUUACGGUUGUACAACUAAAAGCAUUUGCGAUAUUCAAAACCAUACCAUAAGUUUUCCUACAUUCAGCAUCACAGGACAAUUUAUCUGCAACAGUGGACCAGCAAUCGUCUCUCAUGGCAGCUUUUUAAUUAUGCUUUCUGUUUUUGCACUGCUGAUAAAACUGAUUUAAAA